AUGUUUAGCUGUACCCUAGAAAAUUUAGUUUUUGCUAAUGAAGUUCAAGAGGGGCUGUUGUCAAAAUUUCUAGUAAAAUGUAAUAUGUGUAAUUAUAGCGCUGAGAUUUCAUCAGCUGACCCCAAAGACCACAAGAUGAAUCUUAACAAAUGUUUGGUGAACGUAGUUACAAGCAUUGGUUGUGGAUUCGCUCACCUGCAAGACAUUUUAAAUAAUUUGCAACUCCCGGUACUUUCUCAGCGGAAAUAUGCUGACAUUCAAUCAAAACUAUUUUAUGGCAUAGAAGAGAGCGCAAUUCAAGAAAUGCGCAAAGCAGCCGAUGAAGAAAAAGCUAUUGCAUUAUCUGAAAAGAAUGUUGGUGUGGAUGGAGUGCCGGAAAUCCUAGUAGUAAAGGAUAUUUUAAAUAUUCCGAGUCAUACGUUUGGGGAACAUCAGAACUGUAAGAGCCUGAGGUAUUUUUGUGAGAAGGAUAGCCCUUGUCAAGACAAUUUAGUGCCUCAGCUGAAAGAAGUUGCAUUAUACCAAAAACUCCAAACAAUAUUUGACCAUCUUUCCAAAUUCAGCAAUAGUUUAAUUCAUGAUGUUGACAGCAACUUGGUAGAACAAUUUAAUAGCGUUAUAAGUAAAUAUAUUGGGGGCAAACGUGUUAACUAUACCCAGAAGAGACAGUACAAAAGUAGAAGUUACUUGGCAGCACUGACCUAUAAUACCAAGCUCUCAAGCUACUAUAGUUUGCAUAAGUUUAACUAUGGUAGCAGCCCCUCUUUGAUUUUGAAUAAAAAAUAUGAAAAAAGGCGGCAACUACUACACUACAGGCAGAAGCCCAAAAAGAAAUUAUUUAAAGAGAAAGAUCAUAAAGAGGCCACUAAUACCGACAAAAAUUAUGGACCAAAUUGCGAGAAACCGGACAUGACCCUUGAGGAAUACCAGGAACGGAAGGAAGAAUUUUUGAAAAACAUCAAGAAAACAAAAACGGAAAUUGAAAACAUCGAAGAAAGAACAAGAGAACAGGCUAAUUCUACUGAAUGUCAGUGCAUUAUAAAAAAUCCCGGUGUGAAAAUUGUGGGUAUCAACGAAAUAAACUGCACAAAUUGCAUCAAUGAAGAAGAUCUGACAGGCUUGACAACUGCCGAUAUUGUUAAAUUGUGUUUUAAAAAUAGUGGACUUUUAAACAACAUCGUCUUCCAAUUACAAGAAAAUAACGACCUUCUUAGGGAGAAAAUUCAUUUACUUGAGGAAAAACUGGAAAAAUUUGAGGAAAAAUUAGCUAAGCCGAAAAUGCUAGAAGAGGUUAGGUUUAUCUCCGCAGCCUCCGCCCCCGCAGGAACUUGCCCCAAAAGUCAAACUUCAACAAAAUCAUCAAAUGUCAAAGUCAUCAUCAGUGACGUCAACACCAAGGAAAUAUCAAAUAUCAAGGCACCGGUUCCAUGCGUCGUCACAAGUGGUACUGCAAUUAUGGUAGCAGAUGCCAAAAAUGAUGCUGCAGAACCUGACAUUGAAUACCGAAGAAAAGCCAACAUAACCACAAACAAUAAACGUCAAAAUGGCAAUCCUCGUAAUAAUGUAUACACUGGGAUUGGGAACCAAAACAAAAAAAAUGAAAAGCGGAAUCAAAUAACUCUUGCUCAAUUUUUUGAAGCAAUUUUGAGCCAAAAAUACGGCUUCGGAAGCUAG